AUGGAGAAUUCUGAGAGUGAGAGUCAGAGCGGAAACAAGAAAAAGAGGCUAACACAAGAGCAAGUAAGACAACUGGAGAAAUGCUUCACUGUGAACAAGAAACUCGAGCCAGAUCUCAAGAUUCAACUGUCGAACCAGCUAGGUUUACCUCAGAGACAAGUGGCAGUCUGGUUCCAAAACAAACGAGCCAGGUCCAAGACUCAGGCUCUCGAGCUCCAACACUGCACUCUUCAGUCCAAGCUCGAAGCAGCUCUCUCCGACAAGGCAAAGUUAGAGCGUCAAGUGCAGUUUCUCCAAGAUGAGCUGAAAAGAUCGAGGAAUCAGCUUGCUCUGUUAAGGAGUCAUGGUUCACCUGCGGAUAAUUCUUAUCUUGGUUCUUGUGAAGAAGAAGGGCAAGAUGAUCAAGUGGUUGUCUUCGACGAGCUUUACGCUUGUUUUGUUAGCAAUGGACAUGGAUCUUCAUCAACCUCAUGGGUCUGAUUCUGUUUUCGACAAAGACAAGAUUCCAAUAUAUAGUCUUGUCUCUGUUUUUCGUUUGAUCUGUUUCUUGUUGUCUGAAUAUAUCUAAAAUCUGUAAUUAAAGUCAUUCAGGCAUUCACUAA